GGUCUCCCGGCGGCUCCUCGCUACAGGCCACUGGAAGAGGCUGAGAAGGGACAACCCCAGAUUUAACCUGAUGCUGGGAGAGAGGAACCGGCUGCCCUUCGGAAGACUGGGUUUUGCAGGAGGUUGGAUUCCUCUCGGCCCCUCAUUCCCAUUGCCCUGCUCUCUCCCAGGAGGUUACCUUCAUUCACAUGAAACAGCUGACUCUGCACCACUGUAUCCACAUGCCAGUCUGACUGAUGGGCACAGGAGAAAAGAGGACCAGGGACUUCCUUUUUUAAAGAUGUAACCCAGAAGUUUUCUGGAUACUCCAGCUCACAUCCCAUAGACCUGAACAUAGCCUCAUGACCUCACCUCAUUGCACAGUCAUCUGGGAAGUACAGCCUCCCUCUGGGUAACUGUGUUCCCUACCAAAAUUCAGCUGGGGUGGGAGCCAAAUUGUAUCCCCGAAGAAGAGAAUCAAUACUGAGGAAGAGUCAUCUCUGCUUUGGAAGGCAGCCCCAAGAGAGCAGUGUUCUAUGCCCAGAAAAGGAGAGGGGUUUUAGAAAAUAGGUGUGGUUAGAGGUUGGAGAGGUUCCAGGAGCUAAGACUGAAAACAGGCUGUUUGGUCAUAGAGUGGAGCCUCGGCGGUGCAGUGGUUAAGCAUUCAGCUGCUAAACAAAAGAUCAGCAGUUCGAAUCCACCAGCCACUCCUUGGAAACCCUAUGGGGCAGUUCUACUCUGUCUUAUAGGGUCACUUAUGAGUCGGAAUCGACUCACCAGUAGUGGGUUUGAAUGGAGGCUAUGUAAAAUUGUAAUGGAUUGGGACACCAAGUGGUGUUGUGGCAUAACAUUGGUGAAAUUUUUUUUGGAAAUGGUACCGAGGAUAGCUUGUCCUUGUUAUAGAAGUUUACACUACAGAGAGGAAAAUGGCCCUUGGUAGUUGUUUGAUGUAUUAUGGUGACUCCAUGGAAAGGAUAAUUUCGACCCCGGCAAUCUCUCGGUACAGGGAAUGUGCUUGGAGAGUCCCUUUUAUUAAACUGUCUCCUCGGGAAGCCUUCAGCAAAAAGAUCACUUUCCCUGAAAGGAGGAGAAGGAAAUUGCUUAUAGUUGAAAACAUUUAUUUUCUCCUGCUCUGCCUGCUGCCCUCCCUGACUUUGCUUACCUUCCUGUUUGGACUUGUAAAAGCUUGGUAGAAUCCUAAUAUUGAAAACAGACAAAAAUGGGUCUGCCAGGGCCAAAACGGGUGGUUGCUGGCAUUGCUGUGGUGCUCAGUCCCAGGGAUAAGGAGCAGAAACCUAUAGGGCCUGAAUCCUAAACAGGUACCACAAAUCUAGUAGAUGAUCAGUAAAUGUUUGAUUUUUAUGGGUAAGUCCCACAACAAAAAUAGUUGCAUGCCUGCAACAUCAGGGAUAUUUAUCUUUCACUUAAAACGCACUGUGGAAGGCAGGUAGUUCAGGUAUGAGUGAGAGCCAUUUAAUACCUAAGUUAGACUGUAUGCUGUUCUCAAAUGAAUUAUUCUUGUUUCUGGCAACUCACACUUCCUUAGUUUGGUCUUAUUUUGAUUUUUGUUAUUGAAAAUGCAGUGCUUCUUGUUAGGAUUUUAAACAAAACUGAGGCUUUGGUGUUUAUUUGUAUCUUUUCUGCUGUAGUUUGAUAGAGGAAGGGGCACACAGUAGGACCUUGUGAAAACGAAUUUCCCUUUGGGAUGAUGCACAGAAGGAAGUUCUCAGGAAUUCUGCUUUUAUGGGUGUGGCCCCUCCACUCCUUUCCAUCACUGCUAGUGGCGCUCCUGGAAGCUUGCUUGAGAGGUAGACAUUCUUGAGAACAGCACCAUGGUAGCUUUACUUCCUUCCUUGACCACUGUAGAAGGCAAGGUUAAGGCUGCGGAAAGCAUGGCUCUAUUAUAGUGAUCUUACUGUACAGAGACACUCAUAAGUCUGUAGAUGAAUUUAUUAAUCCAUAUAUCCUAAGGGUGGAGUGUAGUGGGGGUCAGAGAAGGGUGAAAUAGAAGAUACCCCUUAUGCCUUCUGCCCUAACAAGAAGAAACAGAGGCAGCAGUAGUCUUUGGCAGACACACGAUGUUGAUAUUACACUCUCUGCUCUGGAGAGGGUAAGAAUGGCCAGUGGGAUCCUGAAAGAGAGGGGGGCCACAAGGACAGCACAACAAAAUUGUUCCAUUUCUAGCAAUCAGUCCUGAAAUAGAUGAACUGGGCAUAAAACAGCUGUCUUCCCUUUUGCAUGCUGGUACUGACCUUGCCCUGUUUUCCUUCUGAGCUGCCUCUUUCCUUCAUAGGUCAUGAGCCUGGGCUGAUGCAGUUGGUGAAUUACUACAGAGGGGCUGACAAACUGUGUCGUAAAGCUUCUUUAGUGAAGUUGAUUAAAACAAGCCCGGACCUGUCCGAGUCCUGCACGUGGUUCCCUGAGUCCUAUGUCAUAUAUCCAACUAAUCUCAAGACUCCAGUUGCUCCAGCACAGAAUGGAAUCCACCCACCAAUCAAUAACUCAAGGACAGAUGAAAGAAAAUUCUUCCUGGCUUCUUACGACAAGAAGAAAGAGGGUGGAGAAGGCAACAUUUGGAUUGCAAAGUCAUCAGCUGGUGCCAAAGGUGAAGGCAUCCUCAUCUCCUCGGAGGCUACAGAGCUUCUGGAUUUCAUAGACAACCAGGGCCAGGUCCAUGUAAUCCAGAAAUAUCUUGAGCACCCUCUGCUUCUUGAACCAGGUCAUCGCAAGUUUGACAUUCGGAGCUGGGUCUUAGUGGAUCAUCAGUAUAAUAUCUACCUCUAUAGAGAGGGUGUGCUUCGGACUGCUUCAGAACCAUAUCAUGCCGAUAAUUUCCAGGACAAAACCUGCCAUUUGACCAAUCACUGCAUUCAAAAGGAGUACUCAAAGAACUAUGGGAAGUAUGAAGAAGGAAAUGAAAUGUUCUUUGAGGAGUUUAAUCAGUACCUAAGAAAUGCUUUGAACAUUACCCUGGAAAGUGGUAUCUUACUACAAAUCAAAAAUAUAAUAAGGAGCUGCCUUAUGAGUGUGGAGCCGGCCAUCAGCACCAAGCACCUCCCUUACCAGAGCUUCCAGCUCUUUGGCUUCGACUUCAUGGUGGAUGAGGAGCUGAAGGUGUGGCUCAUUGAGGUCAACGGUGCUCCUGCUUGUGCUCAGAAACUUUAUGCGGAGCUUUGCCAGGGCAUCGUGGACAUAGCCAUAUCCAGUGUCUUCCCACCCCCGGACGUGGAGCAGCAGCAGACCCAGCAGGCUGCGUUCAUCAAGCUUUGAUGGAGGGAGGUGCUCAGAGCUGCCUCAGAAGAAACAUGGGGUCUGGCUUCAGGGGAAGGUGAAAUGACCGGUUGCUCAGCAUCAAGCCAAAAUGGGUGGAAGAGAGGCAACUCCAGGGUGGAGGGAGAGCAUAGAAGAAAGACAACUUCCCCUAGAAAGCGGUGACCUGAGGGUGUUUCCCAGAUCAAGCUGUCCCAGAUCACACUGCUAGGAAGACUUGAAAACUAAAGCAGAUUUCUCUGAGGGAGAACAAAAUAUCCUUCCAAGGGGAAAAAACAGGAACUUGAUUAUUUUAGGUUCUCAUGCUUUUGAAAAUCUUGUUUUUCUCCUAAGGCAGCAUUGUGAGCAACAACUAUCCUCCCCGGGGAUUGCAGACCAUUUGGAUCUUUGGUUGGUGUCUUUCCACCUGCUGCAGCCUUAGUGCCUUAGCGCUGUUCCCAGCAGCACCCCUUCUGUUCUGGGGCACGGACUGGAUGCUAGAGCAUUUGGGAGGUUGCUGGUGGUUCCCCACUCGCCCCCCUCCCUGGCACUCCGCCCCCUGAAAUCUGGACAUGCAUGCACCAACAGUCCUGGACUUCAUGCUGUGCACUGCCCUGUCAGUGAAGGUGGUUCUCCUCGUCAUGUUCCUGAGGGCGUUUGACCAAUCAUUUGUCAGGGUUGGCAUUGGUUGGGCACCAGAACAGCAAACGCUGCUGAGUCUGCUCUCUGCAUGUGUUAGGAACAAAGCAGCAAGUCUGCCCUGAACCUGUAAACAUCAAAUAAGUACGAGAGAGAAAAAACAUAGUACCUUGCUUUACUUAUCAGCGUGGGAAUGGUGGGUCUUUGAAAUAUGAUGAUUUGCAAUUAUCUUUCUUUUAACCAGGUUCUGAAUGCACUUUUGAGAAGUUCUCUUUUCUUCACUUUUUUUUAAACCUUUGUACAAACUUCUCUGGGGAUCAGGUGGAGAAGGUAGGCUUCUCCCUCUCUUCACCCCAGCAGGCACUGCCCCAGGCGCAGACAGCUUUCCUCCUGUUUGUUCUCCCUGCUCUGUAAGCACCCUGCACAGGAUCUAAAGGGGCAGAUUUGGUUCCAGGCAGGGUCUGUGUCAGGGUGUUCCUCCACGUGUAUGUCCCAAAACUGGAAAGAAGUGGCUCUAGAGGUCCGCACAGCAUCUUAGUCUCAACACAUGUAUUGUCAGUAUAGAUCCACUUACUGGACUAUUGUGUCAGAGGUUGCAUCUCUAGCAGUGGGAAGAACAAGAUGCCAUGUGUUGUCGUGUUCAGUGUGAGUUGAGGAAGCAGGCCCCUUUAUAGCAUACUAGAAAUCACAGCAGACCCUUUGGAAGCUAUACUGCCCUCACCAGAACUUGGUUGCCUCGUCCUUCACACACAGGUGACCUCCCAUUUUUCAUUCGUACCUGGCAAAAAGUCAAGUGAGACUUUUGAAAAAGUAGAAGAAAAAAGCAACACCUCCUCAAACAUGAUGAGAUGUGGGAGCUUAUGGUGAAAAAAGGAAUAAUGAUAAAAAGGAAUAAUGAUACAAAUUAUUUAACGGACAUGGCUAUGGUUGGUGAUAAGAUGUGAAAGCGUUAUUUUGGAGCUACAUGGAGAAGGGUCCAACUGAGUUGGUUCUCUUGAGAAUUUAGAAUGACAAAAUAAAAGCCAGUGUUUACCCAGAAUAAGGAUAAUGAAGUUGCAUCCAAAAUAAAACAGUCUGUGGUAAAAAGUUAAUCCUAGAGGCCCCAACGCAGCUGAUGGGUUAAUGUUUGGGAUGUCCUGAGAAGGGGAUGAGGUCCAAGCAGAUCAUGGAAAGCUGCAUACCCUUCUAGAAUGUGUAGGAUGCUGAGAGCUUGGCUAGUCUUGGUGGUCUGCUAAUGGGGAAAGGCAUGGGAUCGUGAUAUCACAUGCUAAUACAGAAUUGUGAUUUUUUUUUUUGGAUCUGAAUUACAUUUGAAAAAUUUCCAGCUCUUAAAGUGGCAGACAGCUAAGAAUUUAGAUGUUAGGGAGUCUGGAUCCUGAUGAAUUUUCUAAGAAACUGAUUUAAAUAAACAGCAUAUGAGGAAACUAAUGCUUUAAAAAAAAAGUUUUGUUUCAUUCUUCACAUGGUAUCAAAUGAGUAUGCUUUUAUGUGUUUAUUUCAGAUCAGGUGGAAUGGUUGGCUCAGAACUGGUCCGUACCUUUCCAUGAUGUCUGUGGCACAGAUGGCUGUGCCUUGUGCCCCAGCCAGUCUUCAUACAUGUAGACUGUGUAAGCACCGUCAGAGGCUGGGGGAGAAAGUGUUAUUUAUUUGGAGAUGUCCAUUCAGUUCUUGGCUCUGUCGUUUGCUUGCACAGUGUGAGAUAAGCCAGUUAACCCCACUGUGCCUUAGUUUCUUAUCUUAUGGAGGAGAAUGUUACCUGCCCCAGAGACUACCUCAAGGGCUUUUAGUGAGGACAGAUGAGAUUAGGAAGAUUCAAGAGUCUUAGUACCAAGGCUCUCAACACUGACUACAUGCUAGAAUCACUUGUGAAGCCUUUAAAAAAUGUUGGUACCCACACUUUCCUCCUUGUGCUGACCAAUUAAAUUAGUAUGUUCUGGAAUGCCUUGAACCACUGCCUGAGAAGGAAGAACAAACACAUCAUUACCUUAGAAGGGUUGGAUAAGGCUUAUGGCUUUUUAAAAACUUCUUUUGGGAAGGACAGGCAUUUCUUUAAGGAUAGCCAGAUGCUGACAUGUAUUCAUGGUGCAAGCAAGUGUUGUCUAAGCAGGUUCUCUAUUGGAAAAUGUAUUUGCUUUUCAUCAAGCAUUUGGAAACUCAAACAGCUUUCAUUUACUUAAACGGUGUAUGAAGCUUAGAAAUGUAAACAGGCAUGAAUUUAUAAAUCUGCUAACUAUAUGUUAAGGUUAUUCAUUAAUGAGAGAAAAGCCCCCUCCCUCACACUUAACUCCUGUGGUAAUUAUAAACUCCAUUUACCAAGAACAUUGAAGUGCCUCCUCAGUGUUUGUAUGAGAUACCGGAACACAUGCUGGCAUGUUAACCAGCGGAUGUGAUGUUUCACUAGCUCCUCAGGAUGAUUGUCACGUCAGUGCAACAUCCAGUGAUGCUGGAAAUGAACUGGAAUCAACAGAACCAGCAAGUAGCAGUGAAGCUACAAACACGUUUUCCAUUAACAGUUGAGGGAAUGUCAAGCAGGGUGGGUCCAGUCCUGUCGGGUGUGGCAGGGGCUCCACAUGACAGGACAAAGCUCCAGAAUGGCCUGACCCAGCAUGUGAGUGCUGUAGAGAAAAUUCAAUGAAAUACAUGUCUCUGAUCCUGGGCACAGAAUAUGUAAAUAAGAAAAUUCUAUGGAUGUUUAAAGAUGCCUGGAGCAUUAAAGUAAAGAUAUUUCAAGUGUUUUUGUCCUUUUGGCUCUAUGAUCUUAUUGUGGGUAUUUAUUGCCCUAGGAUAUCACUGGUUAUUUAAAUCCACAGUAUUGUUACCCAGGGGUUGACCAACUCUUUCUGUAAAGGGAUAAAAAAAGGGAUAGACAGUAAAUAUUUUAGGCUUUGAAGGCCAUAUUGGCUUUCUUUGCAUAUUCUUUUUUUUACAUUAUUAAAAAUGUAAAAAUCAUUUUUAGUUCAUAAGCCAUACAAAAAUAGUAUUUGGCCAUAUUUUGCCGAGCUUUACAUGUUACCAAAUGCAUGAGCCAACAGAUUGUCCUUCCAAACAGUGAUGAGCUGUUCCAGGAAGAAGCACUGAAACAAUUUCAGCCAUCAGAAUCCUGUCCAUCAUUUCUCAUGUGUCUUGUGUGUUGUCUGAGUCAUGAUGCAGAUUGUGAGGUGAGGCUCAUGGUUGCUAAGGAGAGUUAUGUGUGAUUUAAACCUGGCAGGGGGAGGACCUCUGAGAUGAGUCACACAGACUACCAAAACUGACUCAAGAAUAAGUAGAAAAUCUGAAUAGACCUAUAACAUGAGAUCGAAUUAGUAAUCAAAAAACUUGCCACAAAGCUCAGGACCAGAUGGCUUCACUGAUUAAUUCCUACCAAACCUUUAAAAAAUAAUUAACAUCAAAUUUUCACUAACUUUUCCACAAAAUAGAAACAUUGAGAACAUUACCAACUCAUUUUAGGAGGCCACUAUUACUACUCCUUAAAAGUGAUGGCAAGACUUCAUCUUACUUACUUUGGACAUGUUAUCAGGAGGGACCAAUCCCUGGAGAAGGACAUCAUGCUUGGUAAAGUAGAGGGUCAACAAAAAGAGGAAGACCCUCAGUGAGAUGGAUUGACACAGUGGCUGCCACAAUGGGCUCAAACAUAGCAAUGAUUGUGAGGACGGCAUAGGACCAGGCAAUGUCUCGUUAUGUUACACAUAGGGUCACUGUGAGUCGGAAUCAACAGCAACAAAUUAUUACUCAGAUUCCAAAAUCAUACAGACAAAUCACAAGAAAAGAAAACAAGUUGUCCCUCAGUAUCCAUGGGGAAUUGGUUCCAGGACCUCCUGAGGAUACCAAAAUCUGCACAUGCUCAAGUCCCUUAUAUAAAAUGGCGUAGUAUUUGCUUAUAACUUAUGCACAUUCUCCUGUUGUCUUAGUUCUCUAGUGCUGCUAUAACAGAAAUACCACAAGUGGAUGGCUAUACCAUUAUUUCUUCACAGUAGUAAAGUAGGCUAAAUGUCGAAAUUCAGGGCAUCAGCUCCAGGGGAAGGCUUUCUCUCUCUGUCUAUCUUCUCAUCAAUCUUCCCCCAGACUAAGAUCUUCUCCGAGCAGGGACCCCAGGUCCAAAGGAUGAGCUUUGCUCCUAGCACUGUUUUGUUGGUGCUUCCCUUUCAUCUCUUGUAAGAUAAAAGGUGGUGCAGGCCACAACCCGGGGAAACUCCCUUUACAUUACAUUGUGACUUUAGUAAGGGUGUUACAAUCCCACCCUAAUCCUCUUUAACAUAAAAUUACAGUCACAAAAUGGAGGACAACUACACAAUACUGGUAAUCACCACCCAGCCAAACUGAUAGGCACAUUUUUGGGUAAACAUAAUUCAAUCCGUGAUACCUGUAUACUUUAAAUCAUCUCUAAACUAUUUACAAUACCUAGUACAAUGAAAAUGCUAAGUGAAUAUUUGUAAACUGUUGUGUAAAUAGCACUUUAUGGCUCCCUUGGUCUUUGAGGAAUUGCUUUGACCACUUAAUUGCUUUUUAGGAGCCUUUUUUUUUCCCAUAGAAACAAAGGAUGUACACAAGUAGCAAACAAAUGAAAUGCAAGGCAAAGACGCUCAAACAGUGAGUGCUGGGGAGAGACUGAGGAUCUGUGAAAUGGUGGGAGGCUAUAGUAGGAUGUGCAGUCGCAUCAUUUUAUUCAUAUGGAUUCAGCCUAGUGCUCAGCACAUAGCAAAUUGAAGUUUGCUUCUUGGAACUUUUUUUUUUCCUAAUAUUUUUGAUCCACGGUUGGUUGAAUCCAUGGAUGCAGAGCCCACAGAUACAGUCAACUAUAUUAGCAAACCAAAUCCAGCAACAUAUAAAAAAGGAUUACACACCAUGACCAAUUAGGAUUUAUUCCAGAAAUGCAAGGGUGGUUCAACAUACAAAAUCAAUGUAAUACACCAUAUUAAUAGAAUAAAGAACAAAAACCACAUGAUCAUCUCAAUAGAAACAAAAAGCAUUUGACAAAACACCUUUACAUAGUAAAAACACUCAACAAACUAGGGAUAGACAGAAACUUCCUUAACCUGAGGAAGGGCAUCAACAAAGGAUCCACAUAUUUAAUGGUGACAGAUUGAAAGCUUUCUCCCUUAGGUCAGGCAUGAGACAAAAAUGUCCAUUCCCACCACUUCUAUUCAAGAAUAGGACAAUUAGGCAAAAAAAAAAAAAAAAGUCUAGAUUGGAAAGGAAGAAGUAAAAUGAUUUAUUUGCUGAUGACAUGAUUUUGUAUAUAGAAAAUCCUAAAGAACCCACACACACACACAAAAAUUAUUAGAGGUAAUAAAUGAAUUCAGCAAAACUGCUGGACACAAGAUACAAAAACCAGUUGUAUUACUAUACACAAGCAAUGAACAAUCAAAAAAGGAAACUAAAAAUUCUAUUUACGGUAAGCAUCACAAAGAAUAAAAUACUUAGGAAUACACUUAACAAAAGAAGUUAAAGACUUACAGGAGUUCUGGUCGAUAUAGUGCCUUAGAUACACAGACCAUAAUGACCCCCUGACAACAAAGACUCAAGAAACUACGGGAAACAUACACAUAAAAAUAACCUUGGAUCCCUGAACAUCAGAGAGUUCAAGAGACAGACCGAGCACUGAUUGGAAAGGGAGGCAGAACAAGGCUAGAGGGAAAACAGGGAUUCACAGAUUGACCAUGUCCUGCCUGCUGGUGGUGCUGAGCAGCGUGGCCAUUUUGAGAUGGCAUCGAAAUGCAACCAAGACUGAGGAACCCAGGAAAGAAGCAGCAAAGAGAGCAAAGCUUGUUGCAGAAAUCAUGAGCAAACAACCCCAGAAAGAAAGGACAAAGUGGGCAGGACACAGCCAGGGACAGGGCAGCCCUGAGGGGGGGAAACAUGGGUGUGCUGUAGCUAUGAAACCAGGGAACCGCAGAGAAAUGCCUCUACAGCAAGCGAAACGGACUGGGUCACUGGAGCCUUAGAGAAGGAGAAAGUGUAGGCAGGCAGUGCACAAUUGCAGGAAAGUAAAGGGGAGGAACAGAGGGGCUGGUGAGAGCUCCAGGCACUGUGGUGAGUGCAAGUAGGGAGGGAGCUAGGAAUUAGUGCAGGCACUGCUUUUCAGUGGAGGCACGAGCAAAAUCAACCCACAGAGGAACAACUAGAGUACCCCCCCACAAAAAGACCAGCCCUGUGCAAUAAGUCACCCUGCCUACCAUCUGCAUUAGCAUGUGUCUUGAGGUGCAGGCAGAUGGAGCCAAGGCAUGAAGGCCCAGCCACAUUCACCACCCCCUCCCUGGGGUGUAGGCAGCUUGCACUUCUGUGUGCCAGCCUACCACCCCUCCCUGAGGUGCAGAAGCCCCAUGCGGACUCACAAGCCCAGUCACACCCACCACCCCUCCGUGAGGAGCGGGAGUCCAGCGCUGAUGCACACAAGCACAUCCAUGUCCACCACCCUUGCCUGAGGAGCAGGCCAUCUGCACAAACCUGAGCAGGCUCUGCUUUGCUCCUCACUCCAUCCCAGAAAUGCAGUCCUCUGCCCCUUCCCCCUCCUGCCCACAGAUCCCUUCCUGCUGAACAGGACCCCGCUGCCUGACCAGGACUCUGUUCUCUGCUGUGAUGGCCCACCCUCCCCUCUGCCAGCUAAGUGAGAUUCUGUACCCAUCCUAGCUGACCACCUGGCUAAGUGGAACUCUGUGCCCUCCCCUGCUGACCCCUCUCUGGCAGUGUGAGACUUCACACUCUAUCCUGCCUGCCCCUCCCUGCACCCAAACCUGUGCUUCAGGAGUAGCACUAACUGCUCCUGGCAACACAGAGGGUACACCGUAUUCUUCAAGAACUGUGAAAGGACCUUGACCACCCAACACCUGGUCCCUCACAUCAAGACUUGUUUGCACACCAAAACAAUCUUCUAAAAAAAAUAAUAAAAAUAAAAAAUUUUUAAAAAACAAUCUUCUAAGAGAAAUCAUACAUGCCUAAUGACAUAAAGCACAAAGUGUGCAUGACCCACCAUACCUGCCAGUGAAAAGAAAGCACACCUAGCCCCAAAUCCAUAUAGAGACCAGAUAACUGACAGCUACAUAAUCCUAGACAGACCAGUACUACAAAACAACAUGAAAACAAUACAAAGGAAGGUAAACAUAAAAAGGGAAGAAGCUAAGCCCCAGAUGUAUCAAAACAUUACAAAAAAAGGUAAACAAACACAAUCAAUGGAGUAAAGAAAUAACAAUGCUUCGGAGACAGUAGGCAAUAACAAAUCAUAUGAAGAAACAGGAUAAGAUGGCUCAAACAAGUAAGCAACAUAAAUGGGCAGAAAACCUUCCUGAGGAAGAAAUGGUAACAGAACUAUCUGACAAGGAAUUCAAAACACUUAUACAUAGGAUUAUCAAAGAGAUCAAGGAAAACACAGACAAAACCAUAGAAGAAUUCAGGAAAACAAUUAAGAACAAAAUGACAAAUAGACAAUUAGAAACAAUGCAAAAACAACAACUAGAAACCCAGGAAAUUAGCAAUAAAAUAUCAGAAAUAGAUAACUCAAUGGAAAUAGAAGCAGAAUUGAAUCAUUGGAAGAAAGAAUCAGUGAAACUAACUUGUUUGAGGAGCAAUCAGAAAAAAAGACUGAAGAAAAAUGAAGAAAGCCUAAGAGUUAUGUGGGACACUAUCAAGAGAUCAAGAGGAAUAAUUUACACAUAAUGGGAAUUCCAGAAGAGGAGGAGUUAGAAAAAAAAAAUGGAAUUUUUUAAGAUAUAUUGGCAAAACUGGACUAAACCCAAAGCAAAGCAGUUUCCUGAAUAAACCAAAUGCUUCAAAGGCCAGUGUAGCAGGGAUGAGGGUUUCGGGACCAUGGUUUCAGGGACAUCUAGGUCAAUUAGCAUAAUAAAAUCUAUUAAAUAAACAGUCUGCAUCCCACUUUGGAGAGUGGAAUCUGGGGUCUUAAACGCUAGCAAACGGCCAUCUAAGAUGCAUCAAUUGGUCUCAACCCACCUGGAGCAAAGGAGAAUGAAGAACACCAAAGACACAAGGUAAUUAUGAGCCUGAGAGAGAAAGGGCCACAUAAAUCAGAGACUACAUCAGCCUGAGAUCAGAAGAACUAGAUGGUGCCCGGCUACAACCAAUGACUGCCCUGACAGGGAACACAAUAGAGAGUCCCCAAAGGAGCAGGGGAGCAGUAGGAUGCAGAACUCAAAUUCCCGUAAAAAGACCAGACUUAAUGGUCUGGCUGAGAUUGGAAGGACCCCAGAGGUCAUGGUUCCCAGACUUUCUGUUAGCCCAGGACAGAAACCAUUCCCAAAGCCAAGUCUUCAGACAGGGAUUGGACUGGACUAUAAGAUAGAAAAUGAUACUGGUGAAGAGUGAACUUCUUGGAUCAAGUAGACACAUGAGAGUAUAUGGGCAGCUUCUGUCUGGAGGGGAGAUGAGAAGGCAGGGGGGACAGAAGCUGGCUGAAUGAACACAGAAACACAGGGUGGAAAGAAGGAGUAUACUGUCUCAUUAGGGGGAGAGCAACUAGGAGUAUAUAGCAAGGUGUGUACAAGAUUUUGUAUGGGAGACUGACUUGAUUUUUAAACUUUCACUUAAAGCACAAUAAAAAUUAAAAAGUAUGUAUUUAUGGGCAGAAACUCUGCCUAAUAUCACAAAAGACAAGAAUGUUUCCAUCCAAGAAGCUCAAUGAACCCCAUACAGGAUAGACUCCAAAGGAAAGUCACCAAGACAAAUCAUAAUCAAACUUGCCAAAACCAAAGACAAAGCAUUCUGAGAGCAGCUCAUGAAAAACAUAUCGUCUACAAAGCGGCACCAGUAUGACUAAGCACUCAUUUCUCAGCAGAAGCCAUACAGGCAGGAAGGCAAUGGGAUGGCAUAUAAAAACCCCUGAGAGAAAAUAAUUGCCAACCAAGAAUUAUAUAUCGAGCAAAAUUGUCUUUCAAAUACAAUGCAGAAACUAGGACAUUCCCAGAUAAACAGAAAUUUAAGGAAUUUGUAAAAACCAGACCAACCUUACAAGGAAUACUAAAAGGAGUCCUUCAAACAGAGAAUCAAGAACAUCAGACAACAACCUGAGAUUAAGCACACAACAUUAGCACUCAGAUAUCAACCCAGAUAAAGAAUUCUCAAAAGUAAAGUGAAGCUGCAAAACUGAAAACAGGGAACCAGAGACAUCAAUCUAUAGACAGUGACAACUUCAAAACAAAAAGGGGAAAUUAAUGGUGUAGUUAUAGAACCUCCCUAUGUAGAGAAAGUUAGGGUGAUAUCAAGGUAGAACAGACUGUUUUAAACUUAGGAAGAUAAAGGCAAAUUUCAGAGUCUCCACAAAGAAAAUUAACAACUCUACUCACCAAAAUGAAGAAAAUACUCAGUAAACACAAAAUCAACAACAAUGAAGGCUAUGCAAAGAAAAUCCAUAAACAAAAAGAACUCAGCACAGAAAAUUAAACAGAACAAAGAAACCAUUAAUACCACCCAAAAGAGCAUAACAAAAUGGCAAAAGUAAACUCAUACUCAUCAAUAAUCACACUGAAUGCAAAUGGUAUAAAUGCACCAGUCAAGAAACAAAGAGUGGCAGAAUGGAUCAAAAACAUAACCCUUCAAUAUGUUGCCUACAAGAGCCACACCUUAGACGCAAAGACAUAAGUAGGUUAAAAAUCAAGGAUGGAAAAAAAAAAAAAUCAAGAAAACAUUAGCCAAAAGAGAGCAGGAGUGGCAAUAAUAAUCUCUGGUAAAAUAGGCUUUAAUCAAAAUCCAUUAUAAGAGACCAAGGAGGGCAUUAUAUAAUGAUUAAAGGAUCAACCCACCAAGAGGACAUAAGCAUAAUAAAUAUUUACACCCAAUGGCAGAGCUCCAAAAUACAUUAAAGAAAAAAAAAAAACCA